UAAACCCAGACAAAGGAAAGAACCCAGGCUUUUGUGUCUAUAAUAGGGACCCACACCAACAAAACAGACAGAGAAAGCAGGGAUAGGCCUCAUAUACUGACUCAGGAUCCGUCUUUGUCCUGCAUGAACCUCAGUUUUCGACCAGCAAGCAGGCUUGAGUUUUAAGGAUCCUUCGAGACCUUGUGUAUCUAAGACCAUCGAGGUUGUGCCCUCUACAGAUCUUCUACAAUACUCUCUCAUGAGGCCCCAAGUGGCCUGUGUCUUGGGGCACUGGGUAACUCUUCAAUCGCAGAAUCCAGCCCAAACAUAUAAGAAUUGUGACACACCUCUCCACCCCAUCCCCUCAUGCCAUGCCAUCCAGCUCUACGGGGUAGUGGGCAAGAAAACCAAAAAAACUAGACUCAAACCCAGAGUCUGCACUGGUCCCCUGAGUGGUUGUCUUUCUCACUUCUCUCCCCACUUCCCAGUCUUGCAGAAGACAGGAGGGAGGGUAGGAUGUUAAUUGAAAGAGGAAGGAGAGGUGUGUUUAUCAACUGAAGUGGGGCCCCAGCCUAGCAAAUAGGUUUUUUACUUUGGAGCUCAAAAAAGGCAGAGACUAGGGCUGGGGAGAUGGUUCCAUGUUUAAGAGCACUGGCUGCUCUUCCAGAGGACCUGUGUUCAAUUCCCAGCACCCACAUGGCAAUCUCCAUCAUGUGGAACACCUCGGAUGCCAACUUCUCCUGUUACCAUGAGUCCGUGUUGGGCUAUCGGUACUUUGCCGUUAUCUGGGGCGUGGUAGUAGCUGUGACAGGCACCGUGGGCAAUGUGCUCACCCUGCUGGCAUUGGCCAUCCGUCCUCAGCUCCGAACUCGCUUCAACCUGCUCAUUGCCAACCUCACCCUGGCUGAUCUACUCUACUGCACGCUCCUGCAGCCUUUCUCCGUGGACACAUACCUCCACCUCCAUUGGCGCACAGGUGCCAUCUUCUGCAGAAUAUUCGGGCUCCUCCUCUUUACUUCCAAUUCUGUCUCCAUUCUCACCCUCUGUCUCAUUGCUCUAGGACGCUACCUCCUCAUUGCCCACCCUAAGCUCUUUCCCCAGGUUUUCAGUGCCAAGGGGAUCGUGCUGGCACUGGUGGGCAGUUGGAUCGUGGGGGUGGCAAGCUUUGCCCCACUCUGGCACGUGUUUGUCCUGGUGCCAGUGGUCUGCACCUGCAGCUUUGAUCGCAUUCGAGGCCGGCCUUACACCACCAUCCUCAUGGGCAUCUUCUUUGUGCUUGGGCUCAGCAGUGUGGGCGUCUUCUACUGCCUGAUCCACCGCCAAGUGAAGCGUGCGGCUCGAGCGCUAGACCAAUACCGGCUGCAGCGAGCCGGCAUCCGCUCUCACCAGGUGGCUGGGACAAAUGAGGCCAUGCCUGGCCACUUCCAGGAGCUAGACAGCGGGCUUGCCUCAAGAGGACCCAGUGAGGGGAUUUCAUCUGAGCCAGUCAGUGCUGCGACUACUCAGACCCUGGAAGGUGACUCGUCAGAAGCGGGGGGCCAGGGCACCAGAAAGGCAGCCCAGCACAUUGCAGAGACAGGCCUUUCUGGAGCGAAUCACAGGCCCCAGGAAGCUGCAGGAGCGCGCAGAGCCCCGAAUGCCCCUUCGGAGUUCGGGAAGGUGACGCGCAUGUGCUUUGCAGUGUUCCUAUGCUUCGCCCUCAGCUACAUCCCCUUCCUGCUGCUCAACAUUUUGGACGCCAGGGGCCGCGCUCCGCGGGUAGUGCACAUGGUGGCUGCCAACCUCACCUGGCUCAACAGCUGCAUCAACCCUGUGCUCUACGCAGCCAUGAACCGCCAGUUCCGCCACGCAUAUGGCUUCAUCCUGAAACGCGGGCCACAGAGUUUCCGUCGGUUCCAUUAGAGCUGUCAGUUCACUCCACCAGGGCAGGCCAGCAUCAGGAGUGGCCCACAGAGGGCAGGCCCCGCCUUUCUGUCCUUGGACAUUUUCACAGACGACCUCAGUGGUGUUGGGGUACACUGCUUUCCCAUCCAGAAAUCAAUGUGUCAGCCCUGCGUUAUGCAAGGUCAAUUAUUAAUAAAUGCAUCUCACUCUG